AUGACGUCGAUAGGAACGGGCUAUGAUCUCUCAAACUCGGUCUUCUCUCCUGAUGGCCGAAAUUUCCAAGUCGAAUACGCUGUCAAAGCAGUGGAAAAUGGCGGAACGUGCAUUGGCAUUCGAACAAAACACGGCGUUGUCCUGGCUUGCGAGAAGAUCAUCGUCUCAAAGCUGCUAAAGCCGGGAUGCAACAAGAGGAUAGCGACAGUGGACCGUAAUGCUGGUGUAGUGACUUCUGGCUUAUUACCAGAUGGCCGUCACUUCACAAGCCGAGCAAGAGACGAAGCAAGCAGUUGGAGGCAAAUAUACAAAGCUCCCAUCCCCAUCCAAGCCCUAGCAUCAAGAAUGGGAGGAUACGUCCAAGCAUACACGCUCUACUCCAGUGUGCGGCCAUUCGGCGUUACGGCGAUCUUGGGAGGUUGGGACUCGGAGGCUGAACUCGGUGUGGACGGUCAAGUCGGAGAGGGACCCAAAAUUGGCUCAGGAGGGAAAUUCGAAGACGAAGCUGGCUACUAUGGCGCGGCCACCGGCAAAGGACGACAAGCUGCAAAGGCGGAACUCGAGAAGCUCGAUUUGGCUUCACCCACCUGCUCGCUUACGCUCAAAGAUGCCGUCAUGGAGGCGGCCAGAAUAAUUUACGUCGCACAUGAAGAUUCAAAGGACAAGGAAUUCGAAUUGGAGAUGACCUGGAUUUCUGCAUUGGAUGGCCCAACCAAAGGCCGACAUCAGCACGUCCCACAGGAAUUACUGGAGGAAGCUGAAAAGGCGGCCAAGGAGAGCCUGGAAGGGGGCGAUGACGAUGAAGAGGAAGGAGAGAAUGCCAUGCAUGAAUAA